AUGAUCCGGCAAGAGCCGAAACUCCAUUUUCUCUACGAAAAUGUGAAUCUCGACUCGUUCUUCAAACCGGAGCCAGUAUGCCAAGAAUUAGAUUUCGCUGCUUUUGAGGAUGUUCAUGCAAAAAGUGUCUUUCGAAUCGACAAAAAAGCUGACUUGGAAAUUUCCCUCCGUCGUGACGGGCCACCGGAACACACAUGGCUUGCGAGAGGACUCAUGAAAAUUGUAUUGUGGAAUGAAAACUUUGAAAUUGAUGGCUCUUAUCCAGCUAUAUUCUGCAAUGAAAAACCAUUCCAUAUGAUUGAUUUAAUGAGUCGAAAAGCUCUUCGAUCGGAAGUUGGAGACGACAUCUUCAAUGUUGAAAUCUCUAUUAAAUUCGAUAAGUGGGAAGGUCUGAAAGUAAUGAAACUCUUCCAAUUCGAUCAUCGGUAUUUGGAUUCUAACUUGAAUUUGAAUGUUCAAGGGCAAGAUUUUUAUGUGAGAUCGAAGACUCUCUUCAAGGAGAUUCCGGCGUUCCGUGAGUAUUUGGAGCAGAACUUCGAGCCAGGAACCAAGAAAUACGAACUGAAUGAAUUGCAAGGAGAGAAAAGUGUUGCAGCAUUCAAUACUAUGCUUCAAGUCGCAUUCCGCUGUACUUUCAUUACAAACAUCCAUGAAGUCGGAGAAUUGCUCUCUCUUGCAUUCCGUUUCGACUAUCCAACUCUGAAACAAAAAUGCGAAUAUUAUUUGAUUAAUGAACCAGAGACGAACUGGAUGGAGAAGUUGGUGUUCGCUGAUUUGUACAAUCUUUUGUUGCUCAAGCACCACGUGUUCUCUCACACCAUCGGUCUCGCUCAAGUUUACAAAAAUCUUCAUUUGAAUCGUCUCCUUGAAACUUCGACUCUCCGUUCAAUUCUGUCGAAAGUGACUGAAUUGAAGAAACUCAAGAAGUACGAAGAUGCUCCGUCGACUGGUUGGAAUCCACUCUGCCUCUCUGAAAUAACUGAAAAUCGCUGGGGAAGAAUGAAGAGAAAUCCAUUGUGUGCAAAUGCUCCGGAACCUGAUGUAACAGCUACUUUUGAGAGAUUUGAAAGCACUUUUAUGCCAAAACACUUCGGAGUUGAACUGAUUACUCCCGAGUUUUCUUUUGUAGAGAGCACUAUGAGUCUGUUCUCUUACAAAGUCCAACUCGGUCCAGAUCAUCGUCUCCUUUUCAAAAUAGACUGGAAUGACGUCAGAACUGGAAACUUCGUUUGGUCUGUUGGUGCAUCCGUGUUCCUUCGUCUUCAAUAUCUUGGUUCUGAGAAAUGGGAAUAUUCGGAGAGAAUCAGAUUUGAUAAUGAUCAUCCGACUAUCUUCUUCGAUGGUAUUCAUAUUCAGAAAGUAUUCCCAGGAGGUGUAGAACACCUUCUCGAUGGAUUGGGGAAAAAUUCAACUCUUCCAAAAGUGGAGAUUAUGAUUGUCGUUGAGAGCAUCAAGGGAUUGGAGUUAAUUCCAGUUGAAAAUAGUUUGGAAGCUAUUGAAGAAAUGGACGAUGAAUGGAUUCUCCAACCAUCAAGAAACCAUCCGAUCGUAUGUUGUGGAAAGUAUCUCUACGUGGAUAAAGAGGUUCUUCGUUCGAAGUCUCGAGUGUUCACCAAGAUCUUCGAACAAACCUACGAACCAAUAACCAUUCCAAUGUCAUUCGAAAAAUUCGAGAGUUUCUCCUCACUUCUUGAUAUUCUUCACGGCGAAGACGUCUUCUUCAACUAUCAAAAUGUCUUCCAUAUAAUUGAAUUAUCUCGUGCUUUUGAAACUGAAGAAGUCCUACUGAGAGGAGUUGAUUGGCUUAUCGAAGAGCCAGGAAUGGAGAAAUUGGAGAAAUUGGAAGCUGCUGACAAGUAUUCAAUUCCAGAACUCCAGAGACACAUGACCGAGAGUAUUGUAGAUGUUGAUGAGUUAUAUGCAAUGUUUAAAAAUCCGAAUAGAUUCAGUCGUCGGAUGCUUCAGAUUCUCAUAGAACGCCUUAUGAAUCUUCCAAUUCCAGCAUCAGAUGAAGAUAGAGAAUUCGAAUAG